CUCCGAAAAUAACAUCACGAGCCCGCGAACUUUGAAACCAAUAUGGCGGAAAUCGAAGUCGGAAAACAAUGCUCAGUUUCUUCAUGCAAACAGCUCGAUUUUUUGCCAUUUACCUGCAACGACUGUUCAGCCAUAUUUUGCCUUGAACAUCGAUCGACAACGUCUCAUAACUGUCCGGGAAAUGGAGAAGCACAGGAAACGAAGUCAAGCAGUCACGAACUAUCCAGAGAAAAAUCAUCAACCGUCGAAUGCUGUUUCGAAGGCUGCAGUGUCCGAGAUUUGACGCCAGUUUUAUGUGACCACUGUCGACGUGAAUUCUGCCUAAGGCAUCGACACCAACCAGAUCACUCCUGUCCGAAAUACGAAGAACAAAAAAAAUCCGCAAGCGAGGCCAUGGCACCAAAGUUGCGCAUCGUGAAAAAAGAAAAAACUGGCCGUGGCGGUGCAAGGUCUGACAGUCGUGCUGCUAAAGUUGCUCUGAUGAAAAUGAAGCUUCACGCUGUUGGUGACGCAUCCACCCCUCAGGAGGAGCGAGUUUUCUUUUCUAUUCUUUUACCAAAAGAGUCGAUGGAACAAAAACCUAAACCAAUGUUCUUUUCAAAGAAAUGGAGUAUUGGAAGAAUUAUUGAUCAAAUCGCUAAGACAUAUAAAUUAAAGAACGAGAACAACCAACAAACAUCUAAAAAACUGAGGCUGUUCGAGAAGUCUUCCGAAAGACAAUUAAUUCUCGGAAAUACUUUGGAAACAGAGAUGAACGAAAAUGCAGAAACAUUGUUCAGUGGAUCCGAGUUGAUUUUGCGGUACAUUUAGGAGGCUUGCCCAUGUAACGAGAGAGGACUAGAAAACACCAUUUGUCGAACAAGUUGUUUGUUGAAACGACAUGGUUGUACUAGUUAACGUGAUUGACCUGUGAAAUACGGAUCCCUGAAGUUAAGGAUAGAGACCAUAACCAGAGUUGUGUGUUUGCUCGCUUUAUUGAUUUAUCUAGCUGUCAUUUUUAAAAUAAGAGCUCUACACUACAACGUUUGGUAUAUAAAGGAUUUUUCACAAUUCUACUACGCAUGUUCUAUUCAAUUGGGCACACUGUAACUGUAAAUACACGUUAAUUAACUUAUCAAAUACUACAUCAUAUAGAGAAAUGUUUGUUUGUAGAGAAUACACCACGGAAAAAAUACUUUCAUUCAUAAAAGUUACUUUUGCUCGAUAACCCCACGUACCAUUAUCAGAGCCACAAAAAUCUCAAUGCAAUGUCGUCAACUUUAUAUUCAAAUAUUGAAUGAGGUAUAAUAUUAGACCGAAAGCCGUGCCUUUGUAAUAA